AAACCAAACGAAGCAUUUUCCACGGAUCGAAUUUCCAAAAUGAUAUCGUUUUUCAGUGCGAUUUCAACGCUUCGGAUUCCUUUGUCGCAUCAUCCAUGACUCCGCACCGCAUUUUCGUACAUGCCUCAGCGUUGCCGUCCCUCCCACCAACCCUAGCAACAGAGUGAACAUGGCGGCGUCUGGCAACGCAGAACAAUCACCAGAACUAUCGAGGCCGUUAAAGAUACCGAAAACCGAGGUGCCAUCACCAGAGUCGGAGGAUUUGAGUGACAGUAACCAGUACCACUCUGGUCCCUCCACACCCAACCGCUUCUCGCCGUUGAACGUGGGCUCCGGGGCCGCUGCACGGACGGCGGCCUCAUCCUCCAACAACUAUACUGCUUGUCGGGGUAUGUCGUGGACCCCUUCCGAAACGAACGCCCUCAUCGCGGUGUGGGGAAACGAGAGGCUGACAGAGGCCAAGAUGCAGCAGUUGGAAGUCGCGGGCACCAUGUUUACUGGUAAAGCCCCGGGCCCUGCCAUGUACGAGCGGGUGUCCAGAGCCUUGUCGGAGUUGGGCUACGAGAGGACCCCGUCUCAGUGCCGGGAGAGGAUGAAGACACUUCGCCGUUGCUACAGCCGUGUGAAGGAGCAUGGCAUUGGCAAGAGGAAGAGCAGCUACACUAUUGAGCAACUGGAGAAGGUGUUUGGUCAGGGAGGCUGGGAUUCCCAGACCUGUGCGCCAGUGCUGAUCAACAGCAGUGGGCUUUACCAGGAGAUGGAGUCUGAUGGCAGUACCUUGGAAGACUUCUCCCAGGAGGACUGGUGCAACCAGGUACUUGAUUCAGCCUUCCAGGAGGGAGACAUGGACACUGAAGAAAUACAUAUGCCGAAAAGCAGAGCUCUUCAGAUUCAAGCAGAGCUCUCAGAGCAAAUCCAAAAAAAGGAUAUGAUGCAGACGCUGAUCCGUAUCCUAGAGUCAGUGCAGCUCAAAUGGGAACACUUUCAGACUUGGACCGAGUUUUCACGCCUGCACCUCUCGAACAAGCUCGCCAUCUUCGGUGUUGGCUAUGACACUCGUUGGCGAGAAGAUGUACGUUACCAUUAUGCCGAGAUAAGUUCACAGGUACCACUGGGAAAGAGGCUUCGUGAAUUCUUCAAUCCAGAGAAGCCUGAGGGCAAAACCAUUAUGACCAAGGUUCAGAAGAUGAACUGGAAAAAUGUCUACUACAAGUUUCUGGACAUUACCAUCAGUGAGGCGCGCUGCCUCGAGCUGCACAUGGAGGUGGACUGGCUCCCGGUUUCUCUGUUGAGGGAAGCAGGGUCGAGCAUGUCCACAUCCCACUACCUCCUACCUGGGGAUAUCCCCAAGACAUAUGGACUCUACGCUAUCGGUUAUGAGGAGGCGGCAUCAGGUCGGACGUCUCCCCAAAGUGAUAUUCAGAACUGUAGCUUAGCUCACUGUGAGUCAGACAAUUGGGCACCAAGUCAGAUUGAUGGAGACGGGGCAGGGAAUAGUGACAUCACUGGGACUAAAGUCACUUACUGCUACCUUGGUAUUGCUGAAGAUAGGACAAUUCAACAGUGUCUUUUACAGAAUUUUCAGAUUUCCGCAAAACACUACUUCCAAAGUGAGCCCUCCCCGGUGACUCAUUUUUUGCAACAGAACUGCCGCAAUUGCGUCUUAAAUGAUGAUGUGGGCGGUCGAGGCUUAGUUCGGUGUUUACCCAUUUACAUCAAAUUUAUAGAGGUGGAUCUGGACUUCCUUUCUGCCGGUUCCUUAGUGGAGUGCCUGGAAACUGCUGUUGGUUAUUCUUUGAAGUACAACAGCAAUGGACCAUUUUAAUCUCCCGCCUUUUGGACACGUUUGUUGAGAAAUGAGUGGAUGCUGCACCAAGCAAAGAUGACUCGUUCGGUUGUGAUUGGGCCUUAAAACUAAAUUUGAUAAUCCACACUCUGUGCUUAAAUGUUUUGUCUUUUGAAAUUUGAGCAUUUAAAAAUCUGCGGCUCUUAUUUAUUUCUUUUUCAGAAGGUGUGUUCCUUGUUGUUCCUUAAUGUGUGGGGUGGGGGUUUAGGAAGAUGGCUUCUUAAAUUUGCAUCCGUCUACCUCAGUAGAAUUAGCAGUGAGGUAAAACGGGGACCAUAGCAGAUGACAGAAGACUAUUGCUAAAGCUACCUUAAGACGGACUAAUGAACUAUGGGGCCUUAAUUAAAACCAUAUUGAAACCACAACAUGGAUGCAGGCAGCAACUUUGAGUGCUCAAUAGAUGCAUAUAAUGGUGUGUGCGUGUGUGUGUGUGUGAGACUACUCACUAAACGUUUGGGAUAUUUGGCUUUCAGGUGAAAUUGACGGUAAAUGUAAAACAUUGACGCUACAGUGAUAUCACUUCAGGAAAGUCGGACAGAUUUCCUCAUUCAAUUCUUUUAAACAAAAGUUAAUAACAAUGGUGGGUACACUAAACAAAAAAAUGCCAAUGUCUCAAUGACUUACCAUGUGCCCUUUAGCAUCAAUUACAGCUUGACGACGUCGCAUGCUGUUCACAAGUCGAGUUAUUGUCUGCUGAGGCAUGGCAUCCCACUCUUGAAGGGCAGCCCUCAGGUCAUUGAGGUUCUUGGGAGCAGAGUUUUGAGCCUCUACACAGCGACUCAGCUGAUCUCACACAUUUUCAAUAGGAUUCCAUUUGAGGAAAACCAGUCUCCAACAUCCGUUCGCUAAUGAUAUCACCUCAAUGAGCUGGAGCAUUGUUUUUCAUGAAGAUGAAAUUCGGCCCGUGUUGUUCAGGUCACACAAUCACUGGAUGAAAAAUUUUAUUCAAGUAGUAUGGGCUUGUCACUGAAUCAAUCACAAAAUAUAGGGUAGUUCUGUACCGACUGGACACACCUGGCCACACUAUAAAACCGCCGCCACCAUAAGCUCUCUUCCAGUCUCUCUGUGUCUCUGUUGCAAUGACGUUCUGUGACAGUCUAAGCUCAGUGGCCACUUCUCUCUGAGAGCGUCCUGUUUCAAGCAUCACAAUGGCAAAGUACUUUUGAUCAAUUAUUAGGUGUCGUCUUGGUCUCAUGAUGUCAAAAUGUGAACAGCAUCAUGAGGACAACUGUUUAAACAUCAGCGCUGAACCAGGACAUUUAUUGGUUGAUUCAAGGAUCAACCACCUGUUGUGAAUUUUGCAGUUAAGCUCCUCAUGAGAGAAAAACAACUUAUACAAAAAACAUUUAGGAGUUGGAUGUGCAUUCAAAAGCUCAGAGAAGGUCACAUAAAUUUCACCUGAAAGCCAAAUCUCCCCAAUUGUGUGUGUGCUUGUGUGUGUGGGUGUGUGUGUAUCCAUCUAUAUAGACAUACAGUAUACAAUGGUAAUGUGCUGCACUGCAUUAUAUUAAGAUCUAUACAAUGUAGUGCUGUAUGUCUCAGAUGUUCCAGGUUCAAAUCUUGGCUGCGGCCAAUCUGUGGAGUUAGUGUGGGAUUCUUAAGGUUGCAUAGUAUUCUUGUGGUAGUCCGGUAUCCUCCCACAUUCAAAAAAAAAACAUGCAAGCUUGGUGAAUUGAAUAUUUUUACUUGUGUGUGAACAGUGGUUAAUUUGUUUGCUGUGAAAGUGACUGAUGAAUAGCCUUGGCCAUAGGCUAUUCGUCAGUAAGAAAAGAACAAAAAGGUUGGGGGCUAGGGUGGUGGUUUCCAACAUAUUUUCCGCCACAGACUAGUUCAUGAGCUAACUAAUAUCAACUAAUAUUUCACAGACUUGCAACCAUCCCUUGAAGGCCGACGGGGUUGGGUGGGGGUUUGCAGUUGGGUUAGGGGAUGUGGGGUUCUAAUCAACCGCUAAUCCCCCCGCCCCCC